AUGUCUUCUGAUAGUAUUGAUAAUACCAAUACCAAUACUGUAGCUACAUGUAGUACUAAUGCUGCUGCUGCUACCAAUAGCAGUGCAAACAACAAUAAGAAACAGAAGAUGUCUCCUCCCGUCGAAUCUCUUCUGUUGGACAAGGCUGAGAUUUGGAUACAAGGCAUCCUGCCAUGUGUUGGUAUUGGACAGUACGGUUUUCUAGGAGCUGUCAACAAGAAGAUGAAUCAACUGUACAAAGAAUACUGCAAAAUUGAACUCGAGAAAAAGCCAAGAAGGGUAAAGGAUAACCCAGGACGGUUUUCCCUAGGUCGCUAUGCAGAAAUCACCGACACUCUUUACAGCGAAACAUUCUGUAACCAGCCACAUGCAGAACACUGGCUCAAGCACAAAUAUUCCAGCAAUAACGCAACUGAGAAUGAUCGUGUUUGUAACAAAAUUGCCAAAAUUGGAAGUCUGACUAUCAUGCUGUGGGCAAAACAAGAAGGAUUCCCAUGGAGUAAGUGGACAUGUGCUUGGGCCGCUAGGAAUGGGCAUUUGGAAAUGUUCCAAUGGUUAAGAGAGCAUGGUUGCCCGUGGGAUUUAUGGACAUGUCUUAAGGCUGCUGAAGGUGGACAUUUGGAAAUUUUGAAGUGA